AUGGCUGCUUGUGAUAUAGCGAAAUAUUUAGGAGCUGGUGUACUUAUUAUUGAUACAAAAAGUUCAUCUCUACUUCUUGUUAAUGAUUAUACAGAAAAUUAUAAUUGUUGUGGUGGUUAUAUCAAAUAUGAUGUUAGUGAUUCUCAGCGUAUCGAAAAAACUGCUAUGGAAGAAUUAUAUGAAGAGACUCGCACCCUUUUCUCAUGUGAGAUUGAUCGUCUAAUAACUUGUCCAUAUGUUGAUUUAAAUUUUCAUGAUGAUAUAUUUCGUUGUUAUAUACUCAAAAUGGAAUGUGAUUCUGAUAUCUGUGAACAAUUUGAGAAGUUUAAUGUGGAUAAUUUACCUGCUGAGAAUGAUUAUUUAGAGACAAGUUCUUUAAUGCCAUUUCCUUUAAAACAAUUUAAAGGAAAAAAAUCUUUACCGAGAAUUGUUAGUACUUCUAUGGCAUCAGAUAGUACUGGAAAAAAACUUCCACUUAAUAAACGAGUUAUUUCUGUGAUUCAAGCGGCAGUUAAAAAUAAUUUAUUGUAA